AUGUACCCCAAUCCCUUUCCUCAGUACCCAUCAGAAGGCUUGACGGAUCAAAUGCGGAUGAAUCAACACGUGAUGUGGAAUAACGGACAGUAUGGAUACCCCCAGAAUGCCUUCCUGAAUACACAACCACACGCAGUCAGUCAUCACUGGAGCCAACAAGGACCAGCCCAUGAAUUCCAGCGACCACAACUGCCGCCUCAACCCCAAACGGUUAUCGACAAUUCUGACAAUAUCAGAGUAACGCUGAAAGAUGAAAAAGAGUGGAAGGAGCUUCAUAAAUUGCGCAACGAGAUGCUAGUUCUAUCAGUCGGAAGAAUGCUCUUCCCACAACUCAACUACCUGGUCACUGGUCUCAAUACACACGAAAACUACACAUUUGGCCUAAAACUCAAGCGACUCAACAGCAAUAUCUUGAAACGCAAUGAGGGGGGUUGGGAAGAAAGUAAAAUCAAGGUGAAGGCGUCUUGGGAGAGCAAUGAGAUAUUUUCGGAUACUUGUAAAGGAAGCGUAUGGAUGGAACAGGGAGUAUUCUUCAAGACAGCUAAAAUCUAUUCUGAAAAGAAAAGAACCAGAAUAGUGACAGAGACUGAGGAGAAAAGACAGGAAGGACUUCUUAUCAACACUCGCUGCCGCUAUAUUCCAGUCCUCAGUAUCUAUUCCCAGGAAUCUGAAAUUGCCUCUAGACAGUUCCCCAAAUCAUUCGAAAUCGAGGUAACACAGUUUGUUGCAGUCACUUGUGUGAAGAACACCGCUGUGGUAAACUGGAAAACAGCAAAAAACAAAUUUGCUAGAGUUGACUUUAAGGAGAAUUUGAUGAAAAAUAGGAAACGUGAUUUUAAGGAAUCAGAAGACAAUUCUGGAAUCUCCUUGGCGGACAACACAAUGACAUCGUCCCACUCACCAAUAGUUGCAAAGGAGGAUUCGGAGUGUUAUCAGGCUACCGUAUCCACAAUGGGCGUUCCUCAAAGUAAUGGGAACUCUAAUCUGGAAUCAUUGUUGACUCAUGGACCUUCAACCUCCACAGUCGCACAUUAUGCUCCGAAUUUUUUGAAUUACAACGUGACUCCCGGUGUUCCUACUUUUGCUUUUUCCUCAGCAACUGUAAGCAACGGAGCACCUCAGUACUCAAUGAAUGAUUGUAGACCACUUGAUCAAGCAUCCAUGGCUACCAAUAAUUUGCUCAUUCCAUGUCAAUCGCAACCAAUUCCAUGCAGAGCCGUCCACCACAAUAUGGAACAAGUGGAACACCAAGGAAUCCUCACUCGGCCUACUGGACCAUCCAAUAAGUCAUCGUGGGAUAAUAAUAAUAUGACUCUCGAUUUCACUCAAAACUCCAACUACCAAUUUUGA